AUGGAAAUCUUAGAAGAGCUACUUAAUCGUGUCGAAAACCUCAACCAUGCUAUAUAUAUGGAAUACCAUAGGAAAGUAGUUGGCUUAAAAUAUUUACCUUGUGCCCUCAUGGAAGAACGUUUACUCAAAAGACGUGCCUGUGAUAAUGGCAAUCUGGACACUUUCUACGGUCUUCAUAAAUAUAAAACGAUUUUAUAUAGUUUGUUUCUACUUGUACAUGCUUAUUAG